GCGGAGGCCCCACCUUCCACGAGUGCUGAGUGCGCCGGGAUGAGUCACGGGCUGGGGCGCUGAGGAUUCCCAAAGGUGAGGGCCCGAGUCCUCGCGGGGCAAACGCCCUUGCUCCCCUCUACCCGCAGUGGCGUCGGCGGGCUGUCGCAGCCUCCACUGUCCCUGGGCUCCGGGGCUCCGGGCUGCCCUCAUGUAUGGCUCGAGCCCCGCGCGCGCGGCGCUGCUCCUCCUGGCCCUGCAGCUCGCAGCUCUGUGGCCAGUGGCGGCGGUGGAGAUUUAUACCUCUCGGGUGUUGGAGGCUGUCAACGGGACAGAUCUGCGGCUAAAAUGCACUUUCUCCAGCUUUGCCCCAGUGGGAGACGCUCUGACCGUGACCUGGAAUUUCCGUCCUCAAGAUGGGGGCCCUGAGCAGUUUGUUUUCUACUUCCAUGUGGGCCCCUAUAGACCCACGGCUGGACGUUUCAAGGACCGGGUUGUUUGGGACGGGAACCCGGAGCGGAAUGAUGCCUCCAUCAUUCUCUGGAAGCUACAGUUUGAUGACAAUGGGACAUACACCUGCCAGGUGAAGAACCCACCGGAUGUGGACGGGCUGAUCGGGGAGAUCCAGCUCAGCGUUGUGCAAACCGUACGCUUCUCUGAGAUUUACUUCCUGGCUCUCGUGAUCGGCUGCGCCAGUGCACUGAUGAUCAUAGUGGUCAUUGCAGUGGCCCUCUUCCAGCACUUCCGGAAAAAGCGAUGGGCCAAGAGAGCUCAUCAAGUGGUGGAGAUCAAAUCAAAAGAAGAAGAGAAGCUCAACCAAGAAAAGAAGGUCUCGAUUUAUUUAGAAGAUACGGACUAACAUGCUUAAGGGGAAGCUAAAGAUUUCCAAGAACAAGAGCCCAAGGAGAAGCUGAAGUCAAUGGAAACUUUGCUUUGGCUUUUCCCAUUGUGACCUGACUUCCAAGGAGCUCUCCACCGUCCAAACACCCACUUAAACAACAACCCCCAAUCAGCCUAGCAUGUUGCUAAGGUUUUAUUUCAUUUUAGAGCACAAAUGGUUCUCAGAUGCUCAGUAGCUUUUGUCUACCGAGAAACGACGUUUUUGUUCCUGAACACUCCUUGAUUAUGACUUCUGCACACAUCCGUGCUGGCAUCAAAUGAGGAAAAACAAAUGCCACAUCGUCAUGUCAUUUUCUCUAAUAUACUAGUUUCUAGUUUCAUUUAUUUGGCGGUGCAGGAGAUUGAACCCAGAUUCACCUGCACACCUGGGAGGGCCUCCCAAUAGACUCCCAAUAGAUUUUUAGGGCAGCCGUGUUUAUUCACUCCUCACACAAUGAGAAUGUAAGAUGAUUUUUUCUCAGCUGCUUUUAACUGAUAAACACAGCAGGCUCCAUUCAAAUGGUUCAAUGAUAGUUUCGGUUUUCGGGCUAUCCUGGGAUACCGCUCACUUUAGUUCUUUCAAGAUGAUAAGUUGGGUUUUUUUUUUCUUUCUUCUUCUCAGUUGAUCCAAAGUUUACAAUAGUGUAGUCAAGUUCUGAAAAGCAACCCAAGAAUGCAGCCCUUCCUAAAAAGCAAAUGACUGCUUAGUCGACUCGGAACCUCCCCUUCCCUCUCCCUCCCUUCCCCCCAAUCCAAUGAUUUAUACUAACAGCAACUGAGCUAAGUCUAUGAGGUUUUGACAUCUGUAGGCUGGAAUCAUUAACUAAUUAGACAGAGGAUGCAGACAGUAUAUACAACAUAAAGAAUUUAGGGUUGCUGAGGAAAAGCAACAUUUUAGUGAUGAUAGUUUUGUUGUUUCUUUUUUUUUUUUUACAAAGCUAUGAAAAGUUCUGAAAACUGGAAGAAACUAUUUUUUGUUUUACUUAUUUUUGAGAGAGAAUAUUUGGUAUGGGGCAAAAGAAAAACAACCAAAACUAACAAUAAAGCUGGCUUUAUUCCACACCCCCCACUCCAGUAUUAGUAGAUAAUAAAACUUUUUAAGUAGGCUAUGGAAAGAAGAACAUUUUCUUAA